AUGAACCCCACGGCGGCCACGCGCUCCUCGCUCCCCUUCCCCAUCGCCCCUUCCUUUCUCCUCCUCGCCCUCCGUACAGUUCUUUUCGCGUCGCAACCGAACGGCGCUUUAUCAGUCCUGCUUUUAUUGCCAAAAUCCAGGUCUUACGAGACGGGGUCAUGUAUGCCCAGGUGCGCGCUAUUGACGCGGCUCUUAGGCCGAUGCUCACCCGCCGCUACAGGUCAUUCGUGCUCCCUGUUCAUCAUCUCGAGCCUCUAUCGACAUCAACCCAUCGCGGGAGACCACAAUACGUCGUCAGAGCGUGUUCUAGCGCAUCUCCCGACGAUCAGAUCAAAGCACUGGCCCCCAGCCCCUCUGCGACCCGCGCGACGCGCCACCCCACUCACCGCUCGGGCCGGGCUCAAAACGUAG